AUGCUCGGAGACUAUCACGACCAAUUGCAGUACCGCACUGUGGACACUCAAUGCAACCCGGACAUCUUGGAGGAUCCUUGGUGCGUGCCGGUGGACGAGGGUCACUGCUUCCAGAUCGAGGGCUUGGGCGAGAUGCAUGCCUGCGAGCUCACGCCAACGAUCGGUGGCAAUUACCUACUGAGGCUUCUGGUGAAUGGACAAGAUGCCUCGUAUGCUCUCUGGGCGGAAAGCUUGGGCAGCUUCAGCUUGGAAGACGGAACCGCCUACAUCCGCGGACCUACGGCCAUUUUGGUGAACAUCGGGGAGAUCAACGCCACGACCUCCACCAUGGAGGGACCGGGGCGCCUCCUCGAGGGUAACACGGUGGGAGUCCCUCAGCCACUUCUGGUGCAACUGAAGGACCAGUAUGGAAACAAUCGCAUUGUUACGGGGUCAGACUUCCAGCAGCGGCGCAAUGGCAUCGCAGCCACGCUUGGUGACCGUGAGCUGGACACGAUCGUCUACGACAACGGGACUAUCGAAGUUACGGUGCUUGCAAUUCAAGCAGGCUACCACAACCUUCGUGUAAGAAUUGGAGCAGGCUGCCUCCAGGUGCCUGUGCGCGAUCCUUGUGAAGACAUUUCGGGUUCCCCGACUACGCUGCUCUGGUGGAAAGAGGCAGAAGUCUCCGAGAACGGAAUGACUUGCCAAACACCUUAUGCAAUGGAGGCUGGGAGACAAUACCACUUCACAUGCACCGGACGCGAUGUCUUCGGCAACAUAAACAGAGAUCAUGAGCUGAAGCUGACCUCCUUCUUCAACUACGUGGAUCCAGAGGGCUUCGAACCGCCGGAUGGCUGGUUCCGCGGCAACCUUAGUGAGAACUUCAAUCAGACAGUUGUGGGCAGCUAUCUGGCAUCAGAUGGCAGGUAUCAUUUCGACAUCACGCUGUACCGAGCCGGCUUCUACCAGCUGAUUAUUGAAAUGGUCAAAGUUGGCUCCGAGCCAGCCAUCGUCCUGGCAAGCAACGUGCUGGCAGAAGGACGUCCCGCUGGUGAAGCGACUUACGUGCUUGGAUUCCCGUCGCUGCCUUCCUUCAUGUCGUCGGUGGUGGGUGGCUUUGUCACGGCCGUCGCCAACGUGGCCAACGAGGUCUCUGUGCAGACAAGGGACCGCUUCGGCAACGCAGUUGAAACCGCAAGCAGUGCGGAAGUGGUUGCACAACUGCGGGGACGCUCUCCUGUGCAGCUGUCCUUGCUGCAUCUCAUACAAGGUCGGUAUCGCGGGGCCCUUGUGCCAUUUGCGGCGGGGCCCACGCUCCUGGAGAUCCGGGUAGCUGGGGAAGAGAUCGUGGGCUCUCCGUUCGAUUUUCUGGUCACACCGGGUCCUAUGGUGACCACAAACUCGCUUGUCGAGGGUUUCCCCAGCGAGCUCACUGCCGGUGUACUGUCAUGCUGGAACAUCACAUUGAGGGAUGCCACAGAGAACCACUUGCUGUCCGGGCAGUUCGCGGGAGACCCGACGCAGCUCGAGCCUGUGACUUGCUCAGACCCGGGCUCCUACUGCUUCCAUACUCAGCUGAAUGGAACGUUCACCUGCUGCAUCAACAAGACAUCAGUUGAAGAAGUUCCGGCAAACUACUUAAUCGACACAUUUCCAUUCACCUGCCAAAUUCGCGGCGACAACAUCUUUGCACCAGAAAACAUCAAGCUGUGGCCACAUCCGGUGUCGCCCUACUGGCCGGACAGCAGCCUGAAGAUUGGCAGCGGUAUGCUUGGACCGUACGAUUACCCGACCUUCAUCGACGAGCAGUUUGGCUGGAAGGACUGGCCCACAAACUAUUUCCGUCGCGUGCAGAACGUUGACAGCGGGCAGCCGCAGCACCAAUGGAACCGCUUGCGCUUGUGGUACACCGAUGGUUUCUACAAUGUUUUCAAAGGCAAGGCUAGUGAUGAUGCAGCUAUCCUCCUGUGUGAUGUCAAGGGCCCUCACUCACUUGGAGUCAAAACGCUUGGACGGCCCACCCGACCGCUGUAUCGACUGCCCUACACCUUGGACCAGGAGCUCGGAGUUUUCGAGGUUGAGCUCAAGUUCGAGAAAGCCGGUUAUCACAAGGUCUUCUGCUCCACUGCAGCGCGUGGUGGAAUGAAUGUAGAGUAUCGAGACACCGAUGGCAGUACUUUCCGGCGCGUUGUGGAGGGUGUCAACAUCUCUGCUCUGGAUCAGCUGCCUGUGGACGAGCAAGGAGGCUCAGCGCGGUGGGAUGCCCUGCUGUAUCCGCCAACGUCUGCGAACUACACCCUUAUUCUUGUGUGUCGUGGAAGGGAUGCGGUGCUUAUCUUCAACUCAUCGCUUCGCGUCACCAUUUCGACAACGGAUGACACCGUGGACCAGGAGCAACUCGCGGUCAUUGGACCGCUAGACCUGCAAGCACAAACGGCGUAUUCGGUGCAAGUGGCUUGGACUUCCCACUCCCUCAGCUCGUCGGUGCAGCUGCGAUGGUCCAGCGAUGGUGGCAUCCCAGAGACAAUCCUGCCUGCGGAAUACCUCUACAACUCGAAGACGCUGCUCUCUGGUUAUCCGAAGACCGUGAAUGUCUCCGACGUGCCUGGUCCAGUGGAAGCCUUCGAGCGAGUGCAGCCGUUCCAGAACGGCAAGAUCCGUCUUCGCUGGAUGCCGCCGCUGGAAUCUAAUGGCAGGCCGAUCAGCUCGUACCGCCUUCGCCAUGACGACGGGCUGGGCGGCGAUUUCACCAAGGAGGUGAGAGUCGAGGUGUCCUUCCUGACAUUUAGCGAAGUCAUCCCAGCAAGCUUCACGGAGGUCGAGGUUCCUGUCCCAGACUCAUAUGGCAACAUCGAUUCACUCCUGGACCCAACGAAGUUGUACCGUUUCGUCGUCGAUGGAGGUGGCAUCUCAGAUCAGCCAGUCGUCAUAGCUCUGCAGCCGGUGGAGAAGGCUGGUGCUCCGCUGAUUCCUGUGCUUGUGGAGUCGCAGGAGCACGAGGCAGACGGAACUGGAUUUAUCAGGAUUCGAAUCUCACCACCGCGGGAGACCAGUGGUGGGCUGAUGGUGCAGUAUCGUGUAUAUGCCAGCUACAUCCUGGAUGGCGUUUUCCCGCCGUUGGAGCUGUGGGCCGAGGGCUCGACCCCGCUGGAGACUGUGGAUGUAACGCUGACAGAUCUCACCGUCGGCCGGACCUACGUUUUUGAGGUGGCCUACCUUUUCUCGCAGGGUGAGUCUGAGAGGAGCCCUCCUCUGGAGCUAAUUUGCUGCUAUGCGGCGAUUCCACAAGCGCCGAGGAACCUUCGCCGGAAGAGCGACACUGGUGGACUUCCAGUUCAGACGGACGAUCGCAUCACGGUCAUCUGGGAUGCUCCAACUUUCGCUGGUGUCCGCGACAUCACCCACUACAAGGUGAGCUUGACCCCGGUCGUGGUUCUGCAAUCCAGCGAGAAGCUGCGCUCGUCCGAGGUACUGAGGAACACAAGGUCAGCCGACGAUCGCGAGAUGCAGUUCGACAGUCUCUCAGCAGGACAGACCUAUGCGCUCCGAGUGGCGGCAGUCUCCGGUGCCGGAGAUGGACCUUGGAGCGAAGAGGUGGUUAUGCCGGCUUCGGGCUACAGCACGGAACCGCGUGAUCUCCAUGUCGCCUUGCAGUCGAACUCCUCGAUCCAAUUUGCCUGGGGCGAGCCACUCCGUGUGGGCGCUGGCGGUUUGCGAGGUUAUUCCAUCUAUGCCAACGUCUCCACAUUGGCAGCAGCUCCUGCACCAUACCUUGUCGGGCAGACCGUGGCAGGUCAGAACAGCUUCAGCUUCACUGGCUACAGCUACGUUGCCACCGACGGCCGCCUUCGCAAUGUAGGUCUGAUCCCAGGACGGCUCUACGAGGUCUUCGUGGUUGCCGAGAAUGCAGCAGGAGUUGGCCCGGCCUCCGUGUCCUCGACGAUCUCGGCGGUGGCCGCCUCCAAGCCCUCUGCUCCCCAGGCCUUCGCGGUUGACCUCGAGGCGUUGAGUCAAGGAGUGGUGGACCUGUCCUGGCAGAUGCCUUCAACCGAUGGUGACUCCCCGAUCGAUGCCUACCGGGUGCAGCGCAUGAAGGAGUGGCCCGGAACCUUCCUGUCUCAGUGCUCCGUUCUGCUCAACAACUUGGGCGAGCCUGGUGGCACCUGUGUGAUUGGGGACUUCGCGGCCAAUGGUGUUGGGGAUACUCACCUCAUCGAGGAGAAUCCUGGUCAGGUGCGCAUCUACACUGGCCGCAUUGCCGUGCGGAACGUGGCACGGGAAACCCAGUCUUCUGUGCUAUGCUCAAUAGACGUGUUUGGUGAUCCGCUGUUCCCCACGGCCGAGUAUGAUCCCGGACGCGACGAGCCGCCACUCAGAGAAUGUUACGUGUUGGUGGAGGUUUGUGCUGACGAGCCGGGAGACUGGCAUGAUGCAGACAGCGACGCCUUUGACUGCGGAUGGUACGCGGCGGAGCCAGGACGGUGUGAGAUUUUCGGAGUCCGUUCACCGGGCCUGUGGAAUCGAACUGCCAGUGAGGCAUGCUGUGCAUGUGGCGGCGGCCUGAAGACGAACGAACUGAAGUUCUGCACCAAGGAGCCCGGUUCUAGGUGCGGGCCCCUGCUGGACGGAACAGUCGAAUGCCAGGAGUUUGGUACUUGCGAGUUCAACAGCACCAUCCCUGCUUUCGGUGGCCUCAAGGCAGACUACACUGAUGGAUGCUCGGCAUUCCUUUUCCUCCGCCAGCCUUCAGUUGACCCAUUGCAUCUGACAUGUCACGACUCCAGCCGUUUGCACGUGCAUAUCUGUAAGCUGAAGCUCGCGCUGGCUCCGUUACCUGCAGCGGCCACAGACAGCACUUGGCUGUCGAUGUCACCCAUGCGUGCUUGGGCGACAAUUCCACUGACCCUGCUCGCUGCGGCAGACAGAGGAGCCAACUGGCCGCCCGUGGCUCCAAAGAAUGCCUUCGUACACCUCUUUGAGUGGUCUUGGCAAGAUGUGGCCAGAGAGUGUGAGGAGUGGCUAGGCCCCAAGGGCUUCUCAGCAGUUCAAGUUUCCCCGCCCAUGGAGCACAUCCAGGGCCAGCAGUGGUGGACCCGAUACCAGCCAGUGACUUACAAUCUAACCAGCCGCUCUGGCAACGAGAAGGAUUUCAGAGAUAUGGUCAGCCGGUGUUCCAAGGUAGGUGUCAGCAUCAUUGCAGAUGCAGUGAUCAACCAUGCAGCUGCCGGAAAUGGUGUUGGAACAGCAGGAAGCUCCUAUGGCGGACGAUCAACUGCUAUCUAUUCUCAAGAGGACUUCCACCACAACCCUGAUGACACCAGCCGGAACUGUGGUGUGAGCAACUACAACGACAAGUUCAACGUUCAGUACUGUGACUUGGUCGGCCUUCCGGAUUUGUGCACGGGGUGCUCGCAAGUACAACAGGUCGUCGCACAAUACCUCUCCAACCUGCUCCAGAUUGGCGUUGCUGGCUUUCGCAUCGAUGCAGCGAAGCAUAUGGAUGCAGGUGAACUCAAGAAAAUGCUCGAGCAGACGAAGGGUGGCGUGCCCUGGGUGUUCCAAGAGGUGAUCGAGGGUGGAAACGAGGCAGUGACGCCACAGAUGUACACUGACAUAGGCAAGGUGACGGAAUUUGGCUACUCGAGACAGCUGGCCCCGAACUUCAUAAACGAGGGUAAGAUGAAGUAUUUGGACACCUUCGGAGAGAAGUGGGGGUUCAUGUCUAGUGACUCUGCUGCAGUCUUCUUGGACAACCACGAUACACAGCGUGGCGAGGCGUCGCUGACCUACAAAUCCGGAUCUCUUUACACCCUGGCAAACAUCUUCAUGUUGGCCCACCCCUAUGGUUACCCCAAGGUCAUGAGCUCGUACUACUUCGACGAUCACGACCAAGGCCCACCUGGCCAGCCAGUGCACGGCGAUUCGGGCCUCGCAUGCGGAGACGGUCAGCCCUGGGUUUGCGAGCACCGCCGGCCUGAGAUAGCCAACAUGGUAGCCUGGAGGCAGAGCGCUGGCACCGAAGGGCUGAAGGCAUUUCUGGCUUCAGACGAUGGGAACAGCAUUGUCUUCUGCCGCGGAACUGCAGCCUGUGUCGCAUUGAACCGUGGUUCAAGCAGUUGGAAACUCACGGCCAAGCUCACUUUGCCGUCGGGCAAGUAUCGGGACGUUGUUCGUGCGAGCGACAUCUCGACUUGUCCGAUCGUCGAGGUGAGGUCUGAUGGCUCAGCCGAUCUUGAAGUUCCAUCCAUGAGUGCUGUGGCUCUGCACAUCGGAGCGACCGAGGGGUGCUUUGCUAGCUCGAUGUUGUUGGGCGCAAAGCCCGUGUGGGUACCCACCGGCAGAUUGGUGUUUACGGCAGAUGGAGUUACGCCUGUCUACUUCGGGAAGCUCGAGAGUUCGGUAUGGUCCGUGGCAGACACUAGCGGGGUCGUCGAAUGCAGCCGCGCCAUCGGCGGCAGGGCCGAGGUCACAGGUGUCAAUGACAUCGCCUUCAGCACCCAGCAGUUUUGCUACAUCGUCGAAAAGGACCAGGGAGGUUGGCGGGAGUUGCGUUCGGCGUCCACCUUCAGCACGGAUCUCUUCUACAGCGACGUUCGAGCGGUGCUUAGCCAUCGUUACCAGUAUCGAGUCUAUGCCACGAAUGAGGCCGUUGCAGGUUCAGUGCUCGCGACCCCGGAAAUCUCAAUUGUGACUGGUGGUCUACCGGAUCCUCCGGAAACUGUGGUUUUGGGUUCUGACCAGAUGACAGUCCGCAUCGCUUGGAUCGAACCUCCAGGACAAGGCCUGAAAGUGGAAGGCUAUCGAGUUUAUGUCGAUGGCAAGUUGGCUUAUGAUGGUGCAACGGACUCCGUCACAAGGGAGUUCACGUUGCUGAACUGCACACGUGGAGAGCUGCGCGACCUGGCGGUUGCUGCCGUCAAUGCUGGCGGAGAGACCUUGGUGCCGACGGUCAUUACGCGACACUGUGCACGCCGGCCCUUCAAGCCCGAGCCACCAACCAUUGUGUAUGUUGACUGCGUGAAGGAAGCCACACCUGACAGAAUGUUGAUCGACAAUCACAUCCGCAUCGCUUACAAAGAGCCGGAAGACAACGGAGGAGUGCCGCUGACUGGCUGGCGCAUUCAGCGGGCACAGGGAGAAUCCUUAGCUUUCCGAGGCGUCGGCCCUUUGUUCCCCAUCCCUGAGAAUGAAGUCUGGUUUGACGACUUCAACGACCUGGAUGGAGCCGGAAAAAUCGGCUUAGUUUGGGGGGAGAUCUACAAGUACAGAGUUGUGGCAGUCAACGACAUCGACAUCUGGGACGACGAGAGCGCAUCCGAUUACACGAUUGUACGAUGUUCCAACGAGGCACCUGAGGUUCCGUGGUGGCUGCAAUUAAAUGCAUCCACGACGACCACCACAACCACUGCCGCUGACAACCAGACUUUCGCUGCGGACUUGGUAACGGGCUUCGUUUGGAGCGUGGAGGCCACAACGACCACCACAACGUUGACAGCUAUGGAAAGCAGCCAUGCCUUUGCGAAACUGGCAGACGUGGACCCCAGGGACUGCUAUUUACCUCAGAAUGUUACUGAAGAGCCCUUCAACUUUUCCGCAACGAUCGUGCAGGCUUUGGAAGCCUUCGAUCUGCCACCUGCACCAACAAUCUCCGUCGCUUGGUCCGCGUGCAACACCUCGGUGAGAAAAGGAGAUCCGUGCAAGGAGUUCUUCCCAGACAGGUCUGACGUUGUGGCAUGUGCUAGACUGGAGUUUCGACCCACUCAGCCGGCGAAUAUCUCGUGCCCCGUGGAGUGGUACGAAAUAGAGCGCAACGAAGAGCUGAUUGCCACGGUCCGGCCAUCGCAAAACGGCUUGGUCGAUGCUUACACGGCCGACACAUUUACUGCCUCCCACUACGAUGGCUUUUUUGGCACCCGCUUCACUUGUUUCCAGACUAUUCCGAAUCGCGACUUACACGACAAACAGCUGUACAGGAUCCGUGCCCAGAACUGUCGAGGAUGGGGUGCGUGGUCGGAGGAACUUCCAGUCCCAGUGGCUGCUCCUCCAGCGCCAGUUUGUGGCCUUUGGGGCUUCAACAGCGACUUCCAGUACACAUGCACUCAGCCGGGCUUGUCCGUGACUCCUUUGAACGACACCUCGGCACAGUUUCAGUGGACCUUGCUCCAGGACGUACACCUCGUGGAUGUGGCAAACAAUUUCUCGCGAAUACAGGCUGAUAUCGGUCAAGUGGGCCCUGGCGAUUUCGUGACCUUCUCACAGCAGCUCAUCGGCUCCUACGACCCGCGUGCCCUCCUUGGCUACAGACUGCUUUUGGAUGAUGGUUUGGGUGGACCCUUCCAUCUGGCCUACGACGGCAUCGGCAGGCGCCUGACGAAUACAGCAAAGGUCUUUGGGCUCAUGCCCGAGCGCACCUACCGCGCCUUCGUUCGUGCAGUAUCAUUUGUGGGCGAAGGCAACGCUAGUGACAUGGUGUACUUCAAGAUGGCCAUGCCGCUCCCCGCACCGGUCAACCUUUCCGUCAGCUCCGUAUCAUUGAAGUCCGUCAUGCUGACCUGGAAAAUGCCUUACGCCGAGACAUCUGAUGCCCUUCCGGUUUCCCAGUACAUCGUUCAGAUGGCCAUGGAGCCCGACUUCAGCAAUUGGUUCGACGUGCAGAAUUCGCCCGCCGACAACACGGAGUACAGCAUCCUGGUGACCCAGUUGGAGGCCGACUUCCAAUACGCCCUUCGAGUGAUGGCUAACUCAGAGAACGGCCUGGGCCAUACCUCAGAGUCGCUCUAUUUCUGGGCUGGGCUGCUGCCGAACGAAGGACCUCGCCUCGUUCAGCGCAUUGAGUCUGAGGCAGGCACUAUAAAGAUUCAGUGGGAGAGACCGGGCGGUGCCAUGCUCGGCACAGGCACACGCAUGGAAGCUGUCACGACAGAUUGGGGUGCUCGCGGCUAUAUGUGGGAUCCGGCCGUGGAGGAUCCAAGACUGGUUUUCGAUGGGCUUGGACAUGCCGACACAGUGCAGUUCACGGUUGCAAAUGCAACAUGCGGUGGACAGUACAAGGUUGCUAUGACUACAAUUACAACCAUUGGGGAGGGUCCCUUCUCUACUGCCUUGGACGUGACCAAUGCGAGGCUGCCUGGUGUACCUCGCAAUGUGGUCGUCACAAACACAACGACCUCAUCCAUCUCCAUCGCAUGGGAAGAGCCAGAAGACACAGGAUGUGUCCCAAUCCACCAGUACAGAAUCUUGCGCUACUAUCCCGAAGCCGGGUUUCGAGUCGUGGGCUAUGCCACACCCGCUGACGGCCUCCUGCAAGUGCCAGCUAACCGCACUUACGUGGACGACGGUCGCUGCUUCUUCGCUAGCCCAGCAGAUGACGACGGGUCCUGUACGUGUCCGCCAUCAUGCCUACAAGCAGGUCAACUGUAUCGCUAUCAGAUUCAGGCAUGCGUCUUGGGGGCCUAUGGUGUGGACACCUUGGAGCUCCCUGAGGGUCCUUUGGGCUGUGGGCCAAACUCCAACACUGUCUCUGCCUAUGCCGCGGACCUCUCUGAAGCCCCUCGCGACAUCCGCUUGGGCGAGCCCGAAGGCAGUCAGAUUCUGUUGUACUGGACAGCCCCGAGCACCGACGGCCUGAACGGCUCCAGCUUCACGUACGAGAUCGAAAUGGAUGUGGGUGGCGUCUUUACCACUUUAGGUCUGACGACAGACACCAGCUUCCUCAUCUCUGGCCUACAACUGCAGUUUGCUUACAUCUUCAGGAUUAGCACCUACAACAGCGCUGGCUACGUGACGCGCUCCAAUGGCAUUGGCUACACUGCGACACUUCCGCCUGCUGUUCCGGAGCCAGCGAGCCCCAUUCCAAGGCCUUCCCCGGUCAGCAGCGCCUUCUUUCAGCAUCCUUCCAUGGCCUCGACCCCAGUGCCUGAGGGCGUGUCACUUCGCUUCAGCGCCACAGCCGUCAACGGUUACGCUUGGGCAAUGGUUGUUGAGAGCAGCAACCUCGACAUGGUGACAGCGACAACGAUGAAGGAUGGUACCUAUGCCGUGGGUGGGGCAGCUUGCUAUCGGGCACAGCAGGCGGUUGCACGCGGUGAAGUUUACUUCUGGCGCCUGGGAAGUGACGACAACCCUUCAGAUCCAACAGGAUGCUUUUUAUCGCAUGGUGGGACCUACGCCAUCGCGACCUACGUUCAAAGCGUGGCGAGCUUCGAUGCGGGGCUCACUGACGGAACGUUGUCGGGCCCCAUCGAGUUUACAGUGGUUUCUGGCCUUUCGAACACUUUCUACAGCUCUCCGACGCUCAACAGUCCACUGACCGAGAGUGGAGUCACGCUGGCCUUUACACCACGCAGGCCUGGGUACGGUUGGGCGAUGAUUUUGACGGAAGAACAGGCACGCUCAGCGACGAAGGAGCAUGUCUACAGAUUGGAUGGUGCUUUGGGUGGACCUUUCUGCAAGCAUGGUCCUCGACAGCUUUUUGCCAAUCGAGAAGAAGCGUGGGUCUUCUCAGGCUGCCUCCUGACAGUCGGCAACCGAUAUACCGUUCUGGCCUACAUUUCUGGCAUUGGAGCACACCUGGACGGGACGUUUGAAAGCGCUUCUUCAACUGCAACCAGUGCCAGCAACGCUUUCUCUACGUUCCCAACCAUCUCCGGCCCCCCCAGCGGAGAUGGUAUCACCGUGCAGCUGCGGACGAGGUCGAGUGGUUACCUGUGGCUGAUGAUCACUGUGGGACCCGUGGCACUUACCAUCGAUCUGAUCAAGGCUGGCGUCGGGGCUGUGGGCGCCAGUACCUGCCGCGUGCUUGCAGCGAUUGUGGACGACAGCCUGCAAUCCUUCGAUCUGUCGGACUGCAAGCUAAAUUCUGGUCCCGAGUAUGCCCUGCACUCUUACAUUGAGGGCACGACAUCUUCAGGGAAUGAUGGCAGCUUUGCAGGGACAGUCACGUUCCAGGUCACUCCUUCGAACAUAUUUGUGGUCUACCCAUCCAUCAUCUCAGAGACCACAGGACUUGGCUUCACUUUCCAGAUGACCGCAUCCUUUGCCGGACGCUUCUGGUUGCUUCUUCGCGAAGGCAAUGCGGCCAUCACGGUUGAGGAGAUCAAGUCCGGCACCGGUGCUCUGGGUCUGGCAGAGUGCCAGCGCAGCUCCGAGGUUUUGACGGCGUCACUUCAGGAGUUGGUCCUCACAAAUUGCCAGCUCAGCCAAGACAGACUCUACAGCUUGUACGUGUACAUCGAGGAUUUUAAUGGCAACGACGACGGCAUCAUCGCUGGGCCGAUCAGUUUUUAUGUCCUCGAGGCAAACAACUUUGAGGACUCACCUUUGCCCGUCGAAAACUCCGCCACUCUGGACGGGGUGCGACUAAGCUUCAUGGCCAGCAGAGAGGGCUUUGCUUGGGCAGCCCUCUUCGAAGACUAUGCAGAGGCCUUGGCCUAUUUUCUGGACGUCCCCACCUUCUUGGACCGGUAUUAUCCGACAAACAACGAAUCGUGUGCCCCAGCUGGGGUGCCCGUCCUCGCCUCUGGCAACAUCACAAACAUGACCCUUGCGGACUGCGGCUUGAACUACAGCGCAACAUAUUGGGCAGUGGUCUACAUUGAAGGUAUGACAAAGACGAAGUCCGGGGCAAUCUCAGCGCCUGUUGAAGUGUUUGUGCCUCGCUCCAACGGCUUCCCCUACACACCAUUAGUGCUUCAGGCUCGACCUUACUUUGUCGACGUGGAAGUCCAACCGGUACGAUCUGGCUUCUUGUGGAUCAUCGUGGUGCACGAGAACCAUACUCACAAAGUCGACAGGAAAGCAGUGAAGACUGGCAUCGUGCCAUCAGGUGAGGUCGUGUGUGGCCUGUCUGAGAUCACGGUGAACAACAGCGCGGAGUCACAUCGUGUCGAGGGCUGUCGCCUGCUGGCAACUUAUUCAUACCACGCCUUCUUCUAUGUCGAAGGUUUGCCUAGCCAUUUGGCUCAGCCAAGUCGGGCAGGGCCCCCGCCCCCGCGGAUCUGCUGCAUCGGUGCGGGCUAUGUCGGUGGCCCAACCAUGGCAACCAUCGCAUUAAAGUGCCCAGAUCUUCAGGUGAACAUCGUAGACAUGAACGAGCCGCGAAUUGCCGCGUGGAAUUCCGAUAACCUUCCCAUCUACGAGCCUGGGCUUGACGAGGUGGUCAAGGCAUGUCGGAACAAGAAUCUGUUCUUUUCAACGGAUGUGAAGAAGGGCAUUGAGGAUGCCGACAUCAUCUUUGCUUCCGUUAACACACCCACAAAGACUCAAGGUGUGGGCAAAGGCCGGGCUGCAGACCUCAGAUUCAUCGAAAGCGUUGGGCGCACCAUCGCUCAGUAUGCAAACCGGAGCAAAAUAGUAAUCGAAAAGUCCACGGUCCCCAUCAAGACUGCGGAAGCCAUAGCAAGAGUAUUGACAGCCAAUGAGGAGGCCAACGGCGGCAGAAAGAACUUCUGGAUUCUUUCAAACCCCGAGUUCCUGGCAGAAGGAACAGCCAUGAAGGAUCUAGACAAGCCGGAUCGGGUUCUGAUAGGUGGCCAGGAGCAGGCUGCCAUCAAAGUCCUGGUCGACAUCUACGCCCACUGGGUUCCGAGGGAGAAGAUUUUGACCACCAACCUUUGGAGCUCGGAGCUUUCUAAGCUAGUGGCCAAUGCAAUGCUUGCACAGCGUGUGAGCAGCAUCAAUUCAAUUUCGAGACUCUGCGAGCGCACGGGCGCUGACGUUAAAGAAGUGUCUCGGGCCAUCGGGACCGAUUCCCGGAUUGGACCCAAGUUUCUGAAUGCUUCCGUGGGCUUCGGUGGAUCAUGCUUCCAGAAGGACAUCCUGAACCUGGUCUACAUCUGCCAGCAAUUCGGGCUCGAAGAAGUUGCUGCAUACUGGCAGCAGGUGGUGGACAUGAACGACCACCAGAAGAUUGCCUUCACCAGCAAGAUCAUAUCAGCAUUGUUCAACACUGUGACGAAAAAGAAGAUCGCCGUGCUCGGCUUCGCUUUCAAGAAGGACACAGGAGACGUGCGAGAGACUCCAGCACUCACCGUGUGCGACAUGCUGAUGAAGGACGGAGCAUUGGUGCAUGUCUACGACCCCAAAGUGGAGAUUGCAGAUGCCCUGCAAGAGUUCAAGUAUCACGACAUAGAGGUGAACCAGAGCCAGUUCAUCUUCACCAAAAGUCCAGAGGAAGCUUGCGAUGGUGCACAUGCCAUCAUUGUUCUCACGGAGUGGGACGAGUUCAAAUCCUAUGAUUAUGAAGUGUUCUAUCAAAAGAUGAUGAAGCCAGCGUUCCUUUUUGAUGGACGCAACAUGCUGGAUCACAAGGUCCUCGAGGAGAUAGGUUUCGAAAUGCAUGCUUUGGGCAAGGCGCGUACAGCCAAGAAUCGUAGCAGCGAACAGGAUUUUGUGCUGCGUGCCAGCAGUGCCUACCUCGAUGACAAGCUAGGAGCCUAUCCCUGA